UCGCCCCUCUUUUAGUUUGGAAUAUUCCAAAAACUUUUCUUGCACACAUUGAUUAGAUUCGGCUGCAGAUCAUCGACUGUUGUUGACUUAGAAUCAACUUGGAAAAGUUAAAAGAUCACAGAAAAUGUCAACAUCAGCAGACAUAUCCCCUUGUAUAACACCAUCAACAACACCUUUGAGUGGGACACAUGCUCCAAAAUACGGGACAGUGAUUCCAAACAGGAUAUUUGUAGGUGGCAUAGCAGCAAAUACAACUGAAGAUGAAUUAAAGAAUUUCUUCUGUGCUUAUGGAGCUGUCAAAGAUUCAAAGAUUAUUGCUGAUAGAGCUGGAGUUUCUAAAGGGUAUGGCUUCAUAACCUUUGAAAACCAAGAAGAUGCAGACAGAAUAAUUAAAAACGAAUCAGAGAAUUUGGUAUUUAGAGACAGAAAGUUGAAUAUUGGACCAGCCAUAAGAAAACAAGUCAGUUUGGAGCAAGAAGCUGUGAUAAUUCCCAGAGCCUAUGAUCCUACCCUCCCAGCAGGAUCAGUCAUGUACUCUAAUGGCAUACCAUAUACAUACCAAAAUGGACUAGCUAUAUUCCAGCCCCCAACAGAGGGAGGAUAUCCUAUACCUCAGCCACAGGUCCAAUCACAGGCAGCAGCAGCAUACUCUACUCUAAUGUUACCACAAGCUGCAACUCAAGCAUACUAUAUUUCACCACAGUAUGCAUAUCAGCCUGUCACACCACAGUGGGCAACAACAAAUGCUCAGUGGAGAUGGGCACCACAGAGUCCAACACAAGCAAUGACUGGAUCUCCAGCUUAUUACUACACAACUAUGCAGACUGCCUCACCUGAGCUUAUGUAUGCCCAGCAACAACCACAGUUAACCAUCCCGACAGGUGAGGUGUCUGAUCCUGGCACUGCACUGAUAGACGCUUCCUCUAUGGAGGGCAGCUUAGUCCCGGUGUGCCCUGCAGACCUGCCCCGCACAUAUGUCUCUGAUGUCCCAGACCAGCCUGUGAGCACCACUGUACCUGUCUAUCCAUCAUCAGUCUGUUCUACAACACUGCCCAGUAAGUCUACCACCACUGUACCCUCUGUUGCACCUUACACCAAGAAAACUGUAACCACAAUCCCAAGAAGGACAUUCAGCAGUCCUACAAUUCUUGUAAAGCAUGGUCACAAAGUUCAGAGAGUCAUGAUGCCUGCUAAACCUGUUGCUAACACUGGAGCUAUACCUCUUUAUAGACCUGUUGAGAUGGGGGCUGGGGAUGCAUCGGAUGCAUGUGCUCAGUACAGCUACCUUGCAACUUCACCACCUCCAGAGUUCAAAUGAAGAUACUAACAAACAGUUUAUGACAAUUUUAUUUUUAUAUGCAGCAUGUAAUAUAACUAUCAGGAAAGAAAUUUUAAAAGUGGGUAUUUUAUUGGUACAUUUUGUUACAUAACUUCUUUUAUCCAAUCCAUAAUGGUCUGGUUUAUUGCAUAACCAAUCUCUUUGUACUUUAGAAAUGCUUUGUAAAUCUCCAAAUUUAGGCCAUCUUUUAAACAUUUUCAAGAUCUGUCUCGUUUGAAGAAAUCUUUUUUUUCAAUAAAACAAAUAGAAACUUUUUUCUUAUUUGUAAAAGUGUUUAAUAAUGUAUUUGAAAUUGGAAAAAAAAAAAAAAAAAAAACAUGAUGGAUUAUGUAGGUUUGAAAUAUCUUUAAAAUGUUUUUCGAACAAAAAGGUUGUCUAAAGUUGUAGGUUCAGUGUAGCAUGUCAAUGUUUAAAAUAUGUUCUAAAAUGAUUUUCAGCUCUUAAUAUCGACUCAAUUUGAUCUCAAGUUUGUUGUGUUGUUCAUUGAAUGAUUGUUCUAGAAUGAAAAUAUAAAUAAUUUUAAUAAGGGUGUACUUUAUAUACAGAAUUUAUGUGUUAUACUUUGUAUUGAUUAAUUUUCAAUAGAUUUUGACUGACAGCCUAAUUAACCUCUUUCAAAAAGAGUUUUUUUUUUUCAAAUGUAAACUGCCAAAAAGGUUCAAGAAAAAGAUAGAGCUGAAAGCCAAGUGUCUAAUUUCCACAGAACAUAUUAAUUUGCUGCCUUUAAAGCUUUUGAUAAAAUGGCACAUAUCAUUUAAUAAAGCAUUUAAAAAUUGCCAGUGCAUCUUUCUCUUUUUUUUUUUUUUUAAAAUAAAGAACUUGGAUAUUUUUUGGAGUUGUUUCUUUUCAUGUUGUGACUUUUUUUUCAGUCACUUAUUUCUUGAAAAGUUAUGCAGAUAUUUACAAUCAUUUUCAUGGUAAAAAGAGCAAAAUUUCUUGGUACAUUUUUGUUUAUAAAUCGUUAAAAAGUAGCCUCUCUUAAGUAUUUUUCACCUUGUCAAGUAAGUACAAAUGAAUUCUGGCAUUUUACAGGUUUUGAUAUUUAUUCUUCUACAAUUAAUGUGCUUUUGAUUUUACUCACAUUGGAUACAAUUAAGUUAAAUCUCCUUAUGAAAACUACCAAAAAUGGAAAAAAAAAAAAAAAUCGGCAUUAAUACUUUUGGAAAAAAGAAACAACUUCAAGAUAAACUUGCUAGCAGUUUGAUUUUAUGUAGUGAAUAGAUGGGUAUAGUGAUUGCAUCGUAAUAUAAUAAAUGUUCUACCUUAUUUCACUGAUGACUUGGAGUGUAAUAAUACAUAUGUACUAUAAUUGUUGAAUUUUAUGUAUUAAGGGGUGGAAAAAGUUAAUGUCUCAGUUACCUGCAGUGAGCAGAAAUUGUACUUGGCUGCCUGUUGUGGCCAAGAUGCUGAUGUAAGCAAUAUGUCUGCUUGGCCACUGUGAGAAAUUAUCUGGUAUCUUCCCCUGACUUUGUUUUCUACCAAGACACUAAAGGCAAAGCAUCAAACACUAGCAGGAUUAGCAUGUUUAGCUAGCAUCAGUAAAUUUAACAAUAAUUAAUCAUGUUAAUGGUAAGAGUUAUAAUCUAAUGCAUUUCAAUUAAAGAAAACUUACUUAUUAGAUCAUGGCAUUAUAGCAUAAAAACCUGUUAGAAUAUCUUUAAAGGGUUUGUUCAGCGCUGGUCUGGAAAUUGAGUUAAUGAAAUAAGAAUAAACUUUGUUUACAAAAUCUUAAUUUUUGAUCUGCUAAAGUAAGACGUUUACUCCAUGCAACCCUAAUAGUUUUGUCUGAUUAAUCAUAACUUUACGCAAAUUUGCCACUUAAAUAAAAAAUAUUAUAGAGAACAGUUUUUCUACUCAAAAACAUUUUCUUUGCAAAACUUUGUGAACAUUAGGGAGAAUGAACGAGAAUCAUGAGAGAAAUAGGGACUCGAGAAAUGUUUUUGCUGCUGUGCCUUUAUUGUGUAGAAAUGUACAUUAUUUAUGAAAAUUUUCUGUUUUUUUUUUUUUUUUAAAUUCUUUUCAAAUUCAUGACAGCAUAAUUCAGAAUGUUCAGUCUUUAUGUUAAACAUCCUAGAAGUUUAAAAUAAUGAUAAACUGGAAGUUAGGUUAUUUUAAAUUAAAAACCAAAAGCAGAUUUUUAGAUGUAACUUUUAUGCUGUUGUUAAUUGUUGAAUUUUGUUUACAGAUGUAAAGUACAUUUUGUACUAUAUCUGCAAUGCUCCUUUUAACCCAAAACAAAUUUACACACAACGAUUAAUGUAUUUUUUUACAAAUUGUUGUUUGAUACACCAUUUUUUCUGUAAAAUUGUUAUUAUACAACUAACUAUACAAAUGUUUUAAUUAUUGUAAUCAGAUAUGUUUGUUAAUGUAUGUCCUUUAAUGAUAAGAUUAUUUUAUAAGAAAACAAAACUCGUUCCAAGCUUAAUAUUUUUAAUGGUGAAAAUUAAUUGUUUCCUCAUUCUGAUACUCAUUUAUCUUCCCUAUUGGAAUGAGUGGAAGGAAAAAUAAUCAAAAACUUGUCAAAGUCAAGUAGGAAUUUUGAAAGGUAUUGUUUUCAAACAGUUUGUUUCAUUUUGUCAUUGGUCAUCAGUUUUGAAGAAAAAAAACUUGUAUAUUUAUAUGAACACUUCUUGAUUGUCAUUUUGUGUCUAAAAAGAUCAUUCCCAUUUUGUAAAUGUUCAUUACAGUGCUUUAAAAGUUGUUGUGUACAUUAUAUGAUUCUAUGCAUAAUGGAGAAGUAAAGUGCCUUGUAUAACAUGUAAAUUUACAGAAACUUUGUACUUUUGUAUGAUAUGAUUGUUUGAUGUAUGUAUUGUUUGGUAUCAUUGUCAUCUUUUUAUUUUUGAUAUUGCAAAUACUGGUAUUAUAGUUCUCAAAUAGUAGAUUACAACUGCUCAUUUUGUAUUGGGAGACAAGUUGUAACAUUUGAAAUAGAUAAAAAAUUAUUUAAAAAAAUAAAAAUGAUGGAAUGUUACAGUAGACAUAUCUAAGAUUGAAAUAUUCUAAGAUUUUACCAUGUACAGUUAUUGACAAUUAAUAUAAAUAUAGACCACCAUAUGGGAGUGACACUGGAUAUAGGUACUAGCUGAAGUGGAGAGAGGUUGUAAAAUUUUGUAAUCACAGGCAAGAAUUCAAAUUUUGUUUAUGCAUUUGUAAUUAUUGCACAUAUCUAAAGAUUCAUAUAAUGAUAUGUUGGGAAUUGGCUUGUUCUCUAAAUCAUUUAGGAACCUUUGACAUCAGCGUGAAUUAAAUCUGAAAAUAAAAAAAAGAUACCUUCUAGUACUGGAAAAAAGAGUCACUUCAGAUAAAAAUAAAAAAUAGCCAGUUUAAUGCUUGUAAAGAUUGGAUAUUUCAAACUAUUAUUCAAUUAUGACUCAGUAUAAAUACACAAGACCAUAAUUUUCAUAAAUUGUCUUAUUAAUCACAAAGACAGCCUGCAUUUUACAACCUUUCUCCGCUUCAGCUAGUACCAAUAUCCAGUGUCGCUCCUAUACAGUGUAGACAUACACAAGUAAUGUCAGAAAUCAGUUAAGCUAUUGCUUGCAUAUUUGUUUUACAGUAUUAAGGUGUUAAGAUUAUUGUCUAGUCCAUUGUUGAGGUGCUAUUUUAAUUUUGGAAAAUUUACUGAUGUUGCGAAAUAUAUCAACCGUCCAAAAAGACCAGCAAUUGUUUUUGUUGCAUGGACUUUUUGAACCGUCCAAAAUCUGACAAUCAAAUUAUAUUAAGAAUUUAUGUUUUUUUUAAUUGAUAUAUAGUGUUAGUAUACCUCUGGUUUAUGAAUGCUUGUUGUGUGUACAGUAUAUUUAUCUUAUUCCAUGGGAAUAUAAUCUGUCCUUUUUUACUGAAUGAAUGACAUCCAAGCAAUUGAUUCAGGUUAGACUUUCUUCUAAGUUUAAAAAGUUAUGCCCCUUAGAAAUAUUAAUUACAUAGAAAAUUGCAUUGUUAACACUCUCACACUUACAUUUCAUGUAGGUUAGUUAUGAACUUUAUACCAUAGUUUCUGAGUGUUUAUUCAUCGAAAAAUAAGUUGCUCUUUGAAAUUGAGAACACAAAUUAAAACAUUUAGAAUGGUCAGUUUAAUAUAAAUUAAAGAGAUGUGUUUUGUAUAUCACAAAGAAAAUUACUUUAUUAACACAAUAAAAUGACAUUUAGGGUGUUUUAAUGUUUAAUGUUACCCAGUGUUUGUCUUUUACAUCUAUUGUGAAUAUACCUAAAACUAUUUCCAUCUCUGUAUUCAUUUCAGUUAAUAUACACCAGUAUAGAUCAAACAACCAAAAUGCUUUCCUGGGCACUGAUUGGUCAAACUUCUGAUCUUUAAAAAGUUGUCAGUAUUUUUAAGCCAAUAUCUUUUUUAACCCACUUAAAUAUCCUCUGCACUUUCUUGACAAAUAUUUGAGUGUUCUGGGUUAAGGUAAAUAAAUACUUGCAAGAUGAUUUUGCUCUAAUGUGUCUUUAAACCUUUAGCUCUAGAGGCAAAAAGAACAUUGUUUCAUUCAGUGAAUUUGGACAUAUGACAUAGUGAGCAAAUUGAAUGGGGUUCAAUGUUCGGUUUAGACGAGGGUUUAAUUCUGUUAUGGCCUAUAAACUCAGGGUUUAACCAGAGGUAUAAUAUUGGUUGUGUGUUGUUGUGUUUGUCAUUAUUUUGAUGUAUAUUUUGGUUUAAGUUAUUUUGUUGGCAUAAUUUAUUACACAUUUUGGUUUUUUUCCCUUGAAUGUGAGAUAUCCCAUUCAUUCAUUUAUAUUUUUUUUAUAUUUCAUGUUUUUAAAAAUGUUUAACCAUAUUUUUUUUGUUUUAGAAAAUAUAUUUCUAUACAUGUCAUCCUCAUAUCUAUUGACCUUAAUGUUUGUAAAAUGCUAUGAAAUUUCAAGUAUUAUACAAAUAAAGAGAACAAAAUCAUUUAGUCAGUUGAUGCAAAGCUUGACUGGUAAUACAAUAUCUUUGUCUGUAUAGAUAGCCUUCUGGCAGACAGAACAAUAAUUUUAUCAACUCUAUUCUUUACCUAAACUACAUUUAAGACCUUUAAGGUUAAGUCUUCCUUCAGAUUAAAAAAAAAAAGUAAAUAAUCAAACACCUGAAUCAUAUUUUGAAAGGAAAUAGUGCUUGAUAAUAUAUAUUGUAGUUCAUAUCUAAAGAAAGGUAUUUGAAUAGGGGAGUAAAUUGCAUAUUAAGAAACUUAGUCUCUGUAUUAAGAUUGAUAUGUUUUACUUAUUAUAAUUUUGUGCUUAUAUACAAUGUCUUUGAAAUCCUAUGUACAUUCCACAUUUUAAUGAUAAAUGUAUAAAACCAUAAUAAAAAUAUUUUGCAAUUGUAUUUCAGUGUGAAAAUCAGUAUAUUAUGGAGGAAAAAAAUUGUCGUUUCUUUGCAUUUCGUAGAUCAUCUUAUGAAAAAAAAAAAUGAAUGUUGCUAUGACAGGAAUUGAUCCUUGAUUAAAAUAAAUGCUCAGAAAUUUUCUUUUUCUUCAUAAACUGAGUUGUCUUGUCAUAUUGCCACAGGGUAUCAUUUGCCUUUAACUGGCACGUCUUAUUGCUUACCCCUGUUUGUGUGAAAAUCAUGUGUAUGUAUGUACUACGUAUGGUCAAGUAAAUAAAUGUCUUGUCUA